AUGGCCAGCAACCCUCAGCCGCAGCCCCCGCCGCCGCCUCCCCCGCCGCCGCCCCCGCAGCAACAGCCGCCGCUGCCGGGGACUGGAGCCGGCGCGGGGAGCGGCGCGGCGGAGCCGGAGCUGGUCUCCAUGAUCGUCAGUCACCUCAAGAGCCAGGGACUCUUCGACCAGUUUCGCCGCGACUGCCUGGCCGACGUGGACACCAAGCCUGCCUAUCAGAAUUUGAGACAGCGUGUUGAUAAUUUUGUUUGCAACCAUUUGGCCACUCAUACCUGGAGUCCUCAUCUCAACAAGAACCAGCUGAGAAAUAACAUUAGGCAGCAGGUUCUCAAGUCUGGAAUGCUGGAAUCUGGAAUUGACAGAAUUAUUUCUCAGGUUGUGGACCCAAAGAUCAACCACACAUUCAGACCUCAGGUGGAAAAAGCUGUCCAUGAAUUUUUAGCAACACUGAAUCACAAAGAGGAGGCAGGCCCCAGUACAGCUGCAAGUGAGGAGAAAACAGACACGUCUGUUGCCGUGCAAGGUGUUUCUACUACUGCUCCUAGUGGUAAUGUAGCUAGUGAUGCAAUGUCAAUUUUGGAAACAAUAACUUCUCUAAACCAAGAAGCAAGUGCUGCCAGGGCUUCUACAGAAAACUCAAGUUCCAAAAACAAUGACAAAGCUGCAAAAAGACUGUUAUCUCAGCAGAGUGUUGAUGGUGGCACUGAGAGAAACAUGGAAGACAUGCCAGAUAAAGAAAAAGCAAUUUCUGAUUUUUCUGGAGAAGGGGCUGAAACAUUUGUGAAGUGUGAAGAUUCAAAUGAGCUUCCUUGCCAAAGUGAAGAAACGAAAAAUUCAACAAAGGAUGCCAGUAGUUCAUCUGUUACAAUUAAAGAUGCAAGUAAAGAAAUACAACAGGAUAGUGAAGAUCAGAAGAGUAAACUAAUAGAUAAAUGUGAAAAGAAACCAGAAGGUGAUAGGAGAAAAGAAAAGAAAGAAAAACUUGACAAGAAGAAAAAUGAUGAUGCUGCUAAGUCAAAAGAAGAAAAACAAGUGAAAGAGUCAGAACCAGUGAAACAGUUAGUUCCAGAAAAAAAUAGCAAUAAACAUAAAGCAUCUGAAAGUGCUAAAGAAGAACAUACAUCACUAGAUUCAGAUACAGAUGUACUCAGUGACAUCACUGUCAGCUCUGUCCAUACGAGUGACCUUUCUUCCUUUGAAGAGGAAAGCGAAGAAGAACCUGUGAUUUCUGACAGUACUGAAGAGGGGGAGAUCACAUCAGAUGAUGAAGAGGAGAAAAACAAUAAAAAUAAGGCAAAGCCUCAUGCGAAUGAACUGAGCGAUGGGAGAGCCAAGCCGGUUCGUCAUGCUUAUGUUCGUAAGCCUUUUUUGUACUCCAAAUACUUCAGUGAUUCUGAUGAUGAACGAACAGUAGAGCAACGUCGCCAGUCCAUUGCCAAAGAAAAAGAGGAGAGACUUCUAAGAAGACGAAUGAAUAGGGAGAGACUUGAAGAGAAACGUAAACAGAAAACUGCAGAAAAAACAAAGUCCCUGAAAAGUGGAAGUCAAAAUGCUAAAGGAAAAAGUGGCUUGAAUUUGGAAGAACCAUCAGCAAGAAGUCUUGAGUCAAAAGCUACUGGUACCAGCAUUAAGGAUGUGCUUAAAGAACAGAAAUUCUUAGAAAAAAAAGUAGCUUUGAGCAGAAAAAGAAAAAGAGAUUCAAGGCGUGUUGAAGACAGUUGGAAAAAGAAAUAUGAGCCAUCUGAAGAUGAUUCUAAGGAAGUGCAAAAAACAAAUGAGACUUGUGAAAAAAAUUCUUCAAAAGAAUUAAAGCAUAACCAUGGCAAAACUGAAACCUCUAAACCACUUCGAAGACUUUCGGAAUCAAUACAUUCAGCUGAGGAAAACAAAACUGAUUCUAAAGUGGAAAAAGAACAUAAAAGAAAAAUUUCCACGUCUCUUCAUACUGAAGGAAACCAACAGGACAUUGAAACAAAGGACCCAAAAAGACAACUGGAAAGAUCAGAAGCCAAUACUGAUGAACUACAGAAGCAGAAAACCAUAUUCAAAAAUGAAAAACACCCCAAAAAAGAUAGUGACACAGAAAUUCAACAUAUGAGAAAUGCUGCCAAAAAAGAAGCCAAGUCUUACAGAGAUAAAAAUGAAAAGGAAGUAACGGCAUUAGAAGAUAAACUUUCCUUAAAGCAUAAAUGUAAAGGAGAUAAUAUUCAUAAAUCAGUUGAAGAUGUUGAACUCCAUUCUUCUGAGAAAAGUUUGAAAGGAGAGGAUGGUGCUCAGAAACAUAAUCAACAAAUGAAGAAUUCCUCAGAUGACAAAUAUGAAAGAAAAAGUAAACACCGAAGUGAACGGAAAAUAUCAGUAACUGGAAAAGAUGGAAAAGGUAUUUCUGAUUCCACUUUAAAAGCUGAAGAGUUACUUCGUAAGGAAAAUAAAAAAGACAGGCAUCUCUCAACAGAAAAAUCAAGAGCAGAAUACAAAUCCAAAAGAUCUCUGAGUGAUUCUAGGCCGCAGAAGGAUUCUAUAAGUGCCUCAAAGCAACUUGCUUCUGCAUCGCACAAAAGAAGUGAAAGUUACUCAGAAGAAAAACAUGAAAUAAAAUCCACUAACUCUGACUGUAAUUUGAAGCAAGAAGAUGGUGUUCAUAAAGACAGACGAAGAUCUAAGAGCCUUGCAGAAGACAAAAUUUUAUUGAAGUCUAAGUCAAAGAGUCAUAGUAAACAAUUGAAAGCAUCCGAAACAGAAUUACAAGAAAAUUUAGCAAAACAAGAUACUAGUCAGAAACUGGACAAAGAUAAGCACAUGGAAGAGAAUGAUUCGGAUAAACAACACAAUUCCAAAAAUGAAGAUAAAAUAUCUGAAGAGAGCGGUGCUGAUUUUGAGUUUGAAAGUGGAAUGCAGUCAACUCAGGGAUCACAAAAAGACUCCAGUCACAGAGUUAAGUUACACUCUGGAGAAAGAGGAUCUGUAAAAGAGAAAUGUAGAGGUGAUAAAGAUUUAAGUAACUCCAAACUAGAAAGAAAGUUAUCUGUUGAAAGUCACAAAAGCAGAAGCAUAAAGCACGGCAACAAGGAAAUAAAGAAAAAGGAAGAAUGUGCCAAAGUGGAGGAUAAAGAUAUGAAAGAAAUGGAUGGUGGACAUGAGAAAGUAAUGGGCAUCACAGUGACAGUGGAUAAAAAACAAAGUAAAAAGGUAUCCUGUGAAAACAGAAAAGGCAAUAUAUCAAACCACAAUUUGCUUGGAGAGGAAAAGCAAUCAGUUGGUGUAACUGUAAGCAGCUCUCUUCCUGUUCCUCAAAAGUCGAAUAUGAAUAGUAAUGACAUGUGUUCUGGUCAUGAGGGAGAAGUGAUGGAACUUGAUUUGGAUGAAAAAAAAGUACAAGAAGAAUCUAAAAUGGAAGGAAAAGACAUUUUAAAUUCAGUCCAAGUCACAGAUGCCAAAUACACAGCAAAAGAAAAAAUCUCUUUUGCAAGUAAGGAGUUAAAACACACUUUGGCAGAUCUUGAAGCUUCUGAAUUGAAGUUUCUGGCUGCAGUUGAAAAAGCUAAUAAACAAGAAGAUAUCCCUAAUAAGCAAGCUGGUGCCUUAGAUGCUUUAUCCAAACAAACGUCAAUGGAUCAAGGACUCCAUAAAGAAGGAGCUUAUAAAAUGGGUAUUGUAUCUGGAAAAAGUCAUGGAAUCUUACUGAAUGCUCCCAGUAAGGACCGAACUUCAGAAGACAGCAGAAAACCAAAGAAUUUUAAAACUGUGGUAAAUUCUAAUUCAGAUAAUGUUCCUUUAGCAAUUAAUUCUCCCAGAAAAGAUGCUGCUGAUCCAAAGUCCAUGGAUAUGGAGAUCUCUGAUUUUACACAUUUGGGUAGUAUGUCUAGUACAUCUAAAGAAGAAUGCCGUAAUUCAGAUGGGACUACUUUGUUUGAAGAUGACGCAGCUUCAAAGAAUGAUGCAACACAGGUUAUAUACAUGGAACAAGAAGAUAGUUUAGUGUUGAGUUCUAUUAUGAAAGGUGGUGAUGACAGCACUAAGACAAACAAUAUAGAAAAAGAUAAUGGAACACCCCAUUCUGAUGAGCAAGCAAUGGAAAACAGUGCAGCUGGCUCACCUAGUCAAGAUUAUGACAAAGCAUCAAAAUUAGAAAGCACUCCAAGAAGCAAAUUGAAAAUAAAAGAGGAAAGCUUGAGGACUGUUGUGACUGAAGACUGUGGAGAUGUACCAACAAAAGCACUUCUAAAAAAACUGAAAAAGAAAGAAAAAGAGUGCUUAAAUACAGAUUAUUCCACAAAGGGAGAAAGAAGCACAAUGAUGGAUAAUGUGCAACAGAAUGAGAUGUGUGAUACUUGUAAUGUGAUGCAAUCUUCCUCUGUGCUAGCAUCUAAAAAAGAUCCUGAAGAAACAGUCAAAGACUCUGUUCCAGCUACUGGGCAAGAAAAGAAUAGUAGCAUAAAAGAUAAAGAUGAAAGCAGUGCUGUAGGUACCAGUGCAGGAAGCAGUAAACUUAGUCUGUUGUACAGCAGUAUACAAACAAUUCCAGCCACUCUGAUAGGAACUAGCACAGAAAAGAUUGAAAGCACUGUAAUGGCCUCUAGUACAGGAGAAGAAAGAGCUGAAGGUGCAUCACGUUCUGAAAAGGGAAGUGAUGCUACAACCACUUGCUCAGAAGAAGAAAGCGAGAUGGCAUUAAUCUGCACAAGCAUAGAAGCUGACGAAGGUUUCACAACAGGCUUAUGGGUAAAAACUGGUGAGGGGAGUAGUUUCAUUACAGGAACAGAUAUUGGUGAGUGUACAGUUACAGCAGCAGAAGAAGGUGGUGGCAGUGUCGUCACUGAAGGAUUAGCAGAAAGUGAAAGCUUUCUAACAAGUACAAAAGAAGAAGAAAAUGAUGAUUGCACUAUGGUUGAUGCAGAAGAAAGCAGUAAGGAUUCAGUCAAUGGAAGUGGAGUAGAAAAUGAAGAUAGUGUGAAUAGUGCUGGAGCAGAAGAAAAAGAUGAUGCUGUAACUAGUGCGGGCUCUGAAGAGAAGCGAAAGACCUUGACUUGUGUAGGUGCAGGCAAAUUAGAAAGUUCUGUGUCCUGCUUAGGUGAAGUAGAGAGUGAUGGUGCCGUAACUAGUGCGGGUACAGAAUCAGGUGAAGGAUCAACAAGUGGUGGCAGUUCGGGUAAAUUUAGGGGCAAUAUAAGAGCUGACCAAGUAAAAGAACAUGAAAGUACUGUGACUUGCACAGGUGCAGAAGAAAGAAGUCGUAACUUCAUUAUGUGUUCAGUAACUGGUACAGAUGCCCAGGGAGAAGGUUCUGUAAGUGGGGCAUGUAUUGCAGUGGUCGCAAAUAACAGUGCCACAACUGGAACUACUGGUGACAAAUGUGAGGAUACUAUAAAUGGUGAAAGUACAGUGACCAGCACAGGCAUAACUCCAGAAGAUGAUGCUGAAAUUUCAGUUCUCUGUACAGGACUAGAAGACAGCAAUGAAGGUUUUGCAGUUUGUUUAGAUACUGAAAAAUGUGAAAGUGCAAUGGACAGCACAGGGACAAAGGAGGAAGCUAGUAUCACUAUAGUCAGCAUUGGACCCUGUGAUGAUGAAGGUUUUGUGACUAGUACAGGCUCAAAAGAAGAGGAUGAAGAAGGUGAGGGUAUUGUGACCAGUACUGGAAGGGGAAAUGAAGAAAUUGAGCAUGCUUCUACUUGUACAGGAACAGAAGGUGAAAAUACACUGAUUUGUAUAGGUGCAGAAGAAGGUGAAAGUUCCAUUAUCUGCAUAGUUGCUGAACAAAUGGAAGCUGAGUCAGGGCUGGCUGGCACAAAUGUAAAUAAGCUUACCGUUGACAGCAUGACAGAUGUAGAGAAAGAAGCUAAUUGUGGCACAAACUGUAGAAGUGCUAAAGGGAUAGUUGAAAGCAGUGUAACCAGUGCAAGUGCUGAUGAUGAGGAUGCUGUGGCAGCAUGCAUAGAAAAACAUGAAGGUACUUUGAUUCCCUUAGAUGCUGAGGAGUGUGAAGGCCCCAUGACUAGUGCUAUGACUCUGCAAGAUAGAGGUCAGCCUGGUGCUGAAGGGCAUGAGAAUCCCAUGACCUUUGGCAGUGGAGCACUUGAUGGCUCUAUAAGUAGUGCCAUUCCAAAGGAAGAUGAAAAUUCUCUUAUUCCUGCUGACAGAGAGGAAAAAAUUAAAGGUGAUAUCAUCUCUACCAGUACAGUGGAAGGAAGUGAUGCUCCGUUACAUUCAGCCGUAGAUACUGAGGAUGGUCCACUUACCGUUGCAAGAGCAAAUGAAAGUGGGGAAAGCUCUAUGAUCUCAGUCGAUGCUGAAGGUACAGAGGUGCCCAUGCCCAGCACAGCUACAGAAUUUAAAGAAAGUGUGCUUGCUUUUAGCAGUAAACAGGACAAAGAUGAGUGCACAAUGAUUUCCACUAGUAUUGUAGAAGAAUUUGAGGCUCCUAUGUCUAGUGCCACUAUUGAAUACAAUGGUCAGCUCCCCUCUGUGAAAACAAAAGAAAUAAAUGAAAGUAAAGUGGUUUCUGUAGGUACAGAAAUAUAUGACGUUCCCAUGCCCAGUGCAUCCAGUGCAGAAGAUGAUGAAAGGCAUCCAACUGCUAGCAAUAAAGAAGAAAAAGAUGAGUGUGCUAUGAUUUCCACAAGUGUUGUGGAAGAACAAGUAAUCCUGAUGUCAGAUGAAGUUGCAGAGGAGACAGUUCAACAUAUCUCAGAAACAGAAUCUAAAAAUGAAACAGUAAUGAUCUCUACAAGUACAGCAGAAUGUUUUGAAGCUCCUAUGUCUAGUGUAGCUGUACAAGAUGAAAAUAAACUCACUGCUUCAGAAACAGAAGGGAGAUAUGAAGCUGCUGUGAUCACCACAAGUAUGACAGAGGAAUGUGAAAUAGUACUCAUCAGUGCAGCACCACAAGCUGAAGAUCAACUCCUUGUAGCAGAAAGAGAUGAAGAGGAUAUCUCUCCAAAUGCAUCUGAGGAAUGUAAGAUUGUGGAGACCACUGCUACUGUAGAUGAACAGUUUGAACUAGCUGCUUUCAAUACAGAUGCAAGAGGCAAAGGUUCUGUGAUUUUUGUGGGAGAAUGUGGAGGUCCUAUGCUGAGGGUUGCCACCAACAGUGAAGAUCAGGAUGCUGCUUCAAGUAUAGGAGAUAAAGAGGAAGGAGCAGUGAUCGCUCUGAGCACAAUGGAAGAAUGUGAUAGUCUCUUCACAUUUACUGUCAUAGAAGAAAGUCAACUUGAUGCUGAGAGUUCAGAAGUAAAAGACAAAAGUGAGGAAGUUUUUAAUACUGCUAACCAAAUUGAAUGCAUCCUAUCAACUGCGGGCCCAGAAAAAAGCAGUAAUUCUUUGCUUGUAAUUGGUCAGGAGAAUGAGACCCAUGAAAGUGUUGUGAGGGGAGCAUCAAUAGCAUCUCAGAUGACUGUAGACAGUGAAAUCACAGAGGCAGAUGAAAAUUCAGUCAAUCUCAUGAGUGUAGAUGAAGCCCUUUGCGUGGAGAUUAGUACAGAGACUGCUGUGAGCCCAAGUCCUUCCUCAGAGGUAAACGAGGAUGAUGAGCAAGCUGAAGAUGUGUUGCAUGAGGAUGUUGCAUCAGAACUCUCUUGCGUCAUUUCAGAAGCAUCAGUAAAAGGUGAAACAUUAAGAGAUAUAAACUGUAACUCAGACGUGCUUUUAGAAAGUGACUUUUCUGAAAUAAGGACUCCGUUGCCUGGGGAACGGUCUCCUUCCUUAGUUUCUGCAAAUGAAUUAACUGUAAAUAACCACAGUGAAGAGACUAUAGAAGCAGAAUUGGGGGAGAAAAGUGACUGUCCUGUGUUGCAUGUAGAAGAGCUAUAUGGCAGCGAUGAUAAAAUGAACUUGGUUAAAGUAGAUGAUUCAGGAGUUGAAGUUACUUGUCAGAAAACUAAUACAACCUGUAAUUCAGGCAAUAAUGGAGCUUUACCAAAGUUGGCAGAACAACUAGAAUUUGAAACUAACUUGAGAGCUGAAGAGCCACCACAGCCUGAAAGUCCAAAAAGUGAAGAAGUAUAUGAGGAUCUUCGUAUUAAGGAGCUACAGAAAGAUUCACUGCAGAAGAAUAGUGCUGUGGAAAGAGAAACUAUUCACGUGGAAAACCUGGACACCCAGAUAGCUGAAGAGCAUCAACCUAGGGUAAUAGAAUGUAAAACUUCAGGAAUAAUGGAUAAAGAAAAAUCCAGCCAGCUGAUUGCUCAGGAUGUAGGAACAGAUAAUGAUCCAAGUCCGUGUUCCAGAACAAAACCUAGUAAUAUGAAGGAAAUUACUUCAUGUGAUGCAGCUGAAGUCUCCGAAGAAGUUGUUGUAACACAUACACCUCCUGCAAAUGCUGUGGAAGAAAAAGAUGAACUUGCCACUGAGCAGGAAAUAUUUGAAAAGACGAAGCAGAGUCUAGAAUCAAAUGAAAAUUCUGUAGAGGAUAAUCAACCCGUGAUAGUAAAACGGAAGAGAGGAAGGCCUCGUAAACAUCCUGUUGAAGAUGUACAGCCUGGUGAUGGUGGUGGGGAGUCAAAAGCUGAUAUGAGCACUGGCAAUCUGCAAUUUCCUACCUCUGCAAGUAGAGGGAAAAGUCCUCAAAAAGGUACAGACAUAUCUAAUAAGAAAGAAACAGCGAAUGAAGAUGAAGCUGGGAAAGCAGAGACGACUGUGCGUAAAAGGGGAAGAAAACCCAGGCGUUCUCUGGUUCAGGCAGAGGAAACUGAAAUGCUGGAGCCAGAAAGAAAACGUCGGAAAUUAACAUCUUCUGAAGAGGAGAUAAGAGAGCAGGAGGAAGGUGAGGAAGAAGACAAUGAGGAAGAAGAUGAGUCCACAGCUAGACCAGCCACAAGACUAGAGGCUCAAAGAAUGCAGUCCAGCAAGCCAACCACUCGUGCGACUUCUAAAGGCAACAGUCCGAGUUCAGUUUCUCCCAGAAAACAACAGAAAUUAUCAGCAAAAAAGAGAUCUCCAAGUGAUACAAAAGUUAACAAAUCUCCUCCAUCAACACAGCAAAAGGUGCAGUCUACAAAGCGUAAAAGAGAAGGCAGCCCAACAGCAGUACGAAGAAAAGGCCAGCAAAAAACAGAAGAGACACCAGUGAAGAAAGCGAAGCGAUAAUCUCUACCAGCUGGUACUGUUUGUGGAGGAGUCAAAAGGAGGAAAAAAAAAUCUGUGCUUCUAUUUUUUUUAAAGCAAAGGGAUUUGCACGUGCUUCUUUCAGAGCUCUAAGUUAAUCGACGCAGUACUUUUAAGUUACAUUUUAAACAGCUUUAUAAACUAUUGUUUAUACAGAAUAUUAUGUACAUUUAUUUCAGAUGGAAAAAUAAGUUUACUUUGUAUCUGAAUGAAAAACAAAGCAGUUAUAUAUUUUAUCACUGACUUGGAAAGUUGGGGAUACCCAAUGUGACAUGCUAAUGCAGAUGCUUCCAACUCCUGAGACACCCCUGGCCUACUAAUACACUUUGUACAUAAACUUGUAAAAAUAGGUUGUAUUUUACUCUGUGUAUGAAUCUAAUCAACAACGGACAUCUUAUUUAUUAUAUGGAAAGCAUUGGUCUGUAAACUUUAGUAUAUACUGUAGGCUUUUUUAAUUAUAUAUUUUACAUUCUAUGCAGAUGUCAGUAGGAAACUUCACUCCCCCAGAGCUGUCUAAAAUCUGAAGUUCUCUAAAAUAAACUCAGACAGUUGGUAAAACACUUUUUCGCAUGCAUCGCAGUAGGUUAGCGUAGUGAAAGCAACUGGGCUCCUUUCUCUUCAUGCGUGAGAAACAAGAAAUUUAAAGUAUGAUCUUAAUAGAUUAUAUUUUUCAUUUGUGAUUUUACUACCAACCUGUAGCAUUAGGUCAGGUUUAUUUGAGUCAGCCAACUCUAGCCUGAAACGGAGCAAUUUUAUUUUGCAACUAAACACCCGUUCUUUCAGAAUUUGUCUUUUUCAACAAAGAGGGACCCACUGAAAUGAAACAUCACUUCUCCUAACUAUAGAGCUUCAGCAUUUUAUGUUACGUUUUAUACACAGGUAUUAAAAAUUGAACCUGGUAUUAUUGCCAGAAUCUUUUUUUAAUGUAUAUUAACUCUGGUAAGAGCAAAUGUUCAAGUGAAGUUGUAUAUAAAGUUCAACUUUUCUUAUGAUCAAA